UAUAUGAUGUGGUAGGAUGGACCCGGUGGAGUAAUGACUCAAGCUCUCAGUCAGCCAGUCCGUCAUUCAGUGUGUUCAAUGGGUUAAUCCACGAUGUGAGGAAAAUAUCUGAUGCUUUAUCACACGAACCAAAUUCGCACCUUUCUUUUUUAUGGACAACAAUAUCCAGCUUUACUGUUGCUCUGACAGCGAUGUUUAUUGAUUGUUGUCGGAUCAGUUGAUGGAUGAGCCUCGUGUGCGUGUGUAGUCUUUCAUGAGCAGCGUGUGAUUUUUUUUUACCUGUGAAACACUUAAAGACGGAAACUAUCGACUGGAUUUCGUCAAAUAUUAUGGAGGUAACUUACCGAUGAUUCCCGGGGGUCUUUAGAGUGGAUCGGAGUUGCAGGAAAAGUCCAACUGUUUUUUUUUUUUGUUGCUUUUUACUGGAAGUGAGACGCGUGUGCGGAUAAUUCUCUGGAAAAACAGAAACGCACUGUGUCCACUCCCGUUUGAAUCCGAUGGAUUGAAAUAACAGUGCGUAUAAUCGUAAAUGAAAUCUGGAGAUUUAACGUUACCUUGCCAAGUAACCGAGAAGAAUUAAUGAUUACCGUUUUCAGCACCGGGAUCAUCUGGAUUCCGCAGCGAUAUAUCGGCACAACGGGAUCUCCAUCACUUUCAAACAUUGCCAACAAAAACCUUUAAAGGGAGAAGAUGCCAUUCCACCAUGUAACGGCAGGACUGCUGUACAAGGGGAACUACUUGAGUCGCUCUCUAUCCGACCACAGUAACAGCGAGCAGCUCGCCAACAUCUCUGUAGAGGAACUAGAUGAGAUACGGGAGGCGUUCAGGGUCCUGGAUCGGGAUGGAAAUGGGUUCAUCUCCAAGCAAGAGCUUGGCAUGGCCAUGCGCUCACUAGGGCACAUGCCCAGUGAAGUGGAGCUGGCAAUCAUCAUGCAGAGAUUGGACAUGGAUGGUGACGGACAAGUGGACUUUGAUGAGUUCAUGACGAUACUCGGACCAAAGCUCCUCUCCUCUGAAACACGGGAAGGUUUCCUUGGAAACACAAUAGACAGCAUAUUUUGGCAGUUUGACAUGCAGCGGAUAACACUGGAGGAGCUCAAGCACAUCCUUUUUCAUGCCUUCCGAGACCACCUGACGAUGAAGGACAUCGAGAACAUCAUCAUCAAUGAGGAGGAGAGCUUGAACGAGAACUCGGGGAACUGUCAGACAGAGUUUGAGGGAGUUCAUCCCAAAAAGAAGAACCGGCAGACGUGCGUGCGCAAGAGCCUGAUCUGUGCUUUCGCCAUGGCCUUCAUCAUCAGCGUCAUGCUCAUCGCAGCCAAUCAGAUGCUGCGCAACGGCAUGGAGUAGCGACACCACUGUGAGCGGGGCGGAGCCUGCAUGUGCAUGUCUGUCGAUGAAGUCAUUUCCUAAAACGAUCAAAUAAAACGAGUAACCAAACACCUCACUACUGAGAAGAGGAGCUUUUUAUCAUUUUUUUAUUCUCCUGUUAUUUUUCCACGAGGACAAACUGACACAGGAAGUUAUGCCAGCAUGUUCACGGGGUCUCAUCUUUCUGGCAGGGAUUUAAAAGGGCUGACUUUAUGCUUUUUGUGACACCUUCGUUCCCUAAUGCAAUAACAUGCAGGAGUUCACAAGCACCUCACCUGCGUUGCCGUCUCCUCUGUGGCUGGAGUUUUCAGCUGGGAUUCGCGGCUGCGCUCGGGUCUGCCGUCGAUGUAGAAAAGCAAAAGUAAUUGGCAACUCAUUACACCUUCGCGAAGGGAAGUUGCAGCAUCCACUCUAGAGACUAUUUUCGUCUGCACUCGCCCGUGCGCAUUACGGGCUCUGGGGAUUGUGGGAGGCUGGGGAGACACAGUGCUCUAUGUAGUCCAUAAUUGAAUCCAUAAUCGUCUGCUCCAAAAGUCCAUGCGACACAGAUUUGAAUCAUUUUAAAUGUGUUUUGCUGUUUGAUUGCGUGAGGAGAAAUCUCAAAUGCCAUCUUAUCCCGUCUAAUACCUUUCUACUGUGGGUUUGUCAUGAAUUGUGGAUGAGAAUGCUGUUUACUUGAGGUUUGUAACACUUCGGGGCACAUAAAGGGAUAGUUUCACCAAAAUUGAACAUUUUGUCAUCUUUAGAUGUUUGUAAAGCUUCAUUCUGUAGAACACAAAAGUAGAAAUUGGUCAGGAACGUUUUGGUCACUUUUAACAAUUACAGUAAAUUGGUAAAAAAAAGUGGACAAUAUCUAGUCAAUACAUUCCAAGUCCAACCUUGAACUCUCAUGAAUGCAGCAGUCAGUACUUUUGUCUGCAGGUUUGUCUCAUUUGUGAACCUGUUACUCUUUUUUAGAGUUGAAUCACUGAAUCAGUUGAUCCCGUUGACAUAAAUUGUUCUGAGGCUCACUAAAAUUAGUGAACGAUUUCUUAAAGGGGACAUAUCAUGAAAAUCUGACGUUUUCCAUGUUGAAGUGCUAUAAUUUGGUCCCCAGUGCUUCUAUCAACCUAGAAAAUGUGAAAAAGAUCAACUCAGUAACUUAGUUUUGGUAAACCAUUUUCUGCAAGAAUGUGAAAAAAUAGCUCAUUGAAAUUUGGCUCCCCUUGUGAUGUCAGAAGGGGAUAAUACCGCCCCUUAAUCUGCACUAUCCAACCACAGCACUGGCAUUUAGUGCAGAGAUCAGCUCAUUUGCAUUUUAAAGGACACCCAAAUUGGCACAUUUUUGCUCACACCUAUGUUAUAAUAAACUAUCUAUAUGGUAUUUUGAGCUAAAACUUCACAUAUGUACUUUGUGGACACCAAAGAUUUAUUUAACAUCUUUAAAAAAAGUCUUGUGAAAUGUCCCCUUUAAAUUUUUUGUUUCAACCCGUAGUUGGGUCAAAUAUGGAUGUUUCUUGGUUAAUUUUAACCAGUGGUUUCCUAGACAGCAGACGACCUUGGGCCGGAUCCAAACCGGAGCUGCUGACUUCGGUGCGUCAUCUGCUAUCUAGCUACCUAACUAUGUGUUGAAAACAACUAGCAAAAACCUAGCAUUUUUUAGAUUGUGAGUUAUUUUGCAGUGUUGUAUCUUCAUCCUCCAUACUUUAUUUCUUAUUACUGUUUACAGUAUCUUCAUACCCACAAAUCCAAUUACAGAAUAGAAGAAUGAUCUUUAUGUUUACUAAUCAUUAAAGGGAUAGUUCACCCAAAAAUGAAAAUUCUGUCAUAAUUUACUCACGCUCAUGUUGUUCUAAACCUGUAUGAGUUUCUUUAUUAUGUUGAACACAAAAAAGGUAUUAUGAUAAAAGAUGGCACCUACAGUUGGCUUACAGUAUUGACUUCUAAUGGUGCGUUCACACCAGACUCAGAAGAGGCGGCAAGUGCGAGUGAUUUACAUGUUAAAUCAAUAAAAAGACGCGAAUAGGCAUCCUGCUGCGCUUUAAGCUCAAAUGGCGCUGCGCGGAUGCCGCUUUCCACGCAAAUUAAACAAACAAAAAAAAACAUAAUCAUCAUUAUACAAGACUUCUUCAUACUUUUACAGGAAUUAAAAGGAUCUUGUUUUAAGAAAGUGAGUGAGGAGGUCGAACAAUCUGCACUCUAAAAAUGUUCGGUUGUUUUAACCCAACAGUUGGGUUUAAACAACCCAUUAUUUGGGUCAUUUUAACCCAGAAAUGUGUUCUGUCCAAUUGUGACCCAGCCCUGGGUUAAAAACAAGCCAACAAUUUUUUAGAGUGUGGUAAGUUUACUCAAUUUGAGCUGUAUAAGCCCCUCCCUUGACACGAAUUUAAGUGUGAAUGUCUCAAAUGACUAGAAUUUCUAAUAAAUCGAGUAAACUGAAAUUUUUCAAGCGUUCAACUACGCGCGAAUAACACGUUUUUGCCGCCUCUUCCGCGUCUGGUGUAAAAGCACACUUAGAGCUCCUGCAGAUGACAUCACACAGCCUAAACUCUGCCUUUUUGGCAGGCAAUUGUAGAAUGCUUGAGCGCUGCAAGUGAGGUGAAAAGUGUAAGUGACAUUCUUGUCAACGCAUACUCAAAAUGUGACCUCUGCAUUUAACCCAUUCCAUUGAGUGGUGAACACACACACUGCAAGUUGUAAACAGGCACACCCGAAGCAAUUAGGAUUAAAGUGCCUUGUUCACAGUCACAAUCUGCCAUGAGACUUGAAUCUGCAACUCUCGGGUUACAAGCCCAACUCUCUAACCACUAGGCUACGACUGCAUAGUGGUUAAACAUUUUAAACCAGACUGUUUAAACCUUACAAACCUUACUAUUUCAACAUGUUGUAUAAAGGCCAAUUCACACUGAUCCAACAAGUUGGAGUCGGUUGGAUUAGUGUGAAACCUCUGUUGGCAGUUGUUGGAUCAAAGAAAAUGAGACUUUAGAAUGUUGGUGUUGGUUGGAGUUGGGUGUUGUUGGACCAGUGUGAAUUGGCCUUAAGGGUUUUAUGUUUAAUAGUAACCCAAACGACAUGAAAAAGUUUAAAAUGUGGAAAAUAUCUGCACUGAUACAUGUUAAAGGAUAAUUCCGGUAUUUA